UAUAUGUGUACAUAUGUUUAUGUGCUUAUAUAGAAAUGAAUAUACUCUCGUGUAAAUAAAACGAAUUUUAUCAAUCUGUAAGGUUAUCACUGCAAUUGAGUCAUUACAGAGCGUGAGCGAAAAUACAUUCGAAACAGUGGAGAAUAGACUUCGGAGUGUAUGGACCGUUUAAAGUGUGAAAUGUUUUCGUUUAAAUUGAAAUAAAGAAAAUUACGCAUCCAAAAGGGGAGACGAAUCUCAAUAUAAAUUCUCUUAUCAGUCUUUAACCUAUCCAAAAAUACAUAAGUGUUACAAAUUGUGAAAAAAAAGAAAGCAUUCACUUCCACAACACAUCUGGCGUUUCUCGUUGACGAGGCGUCCUUCGCAUCAUUAAUGUUGCCUUCGUCGUCCAAUGCACGUUGCAGUUCUGAGGAAUCACUCAUUAAUUGGUCAAAUCAAAAUGCUGUGGCCCAUCGUAGUAAAAGUGUACCACGAAUGUAUGGUUGUGUGGAUACCUUAGCGACUGCAUCAUCACUUCCAAAUAAUCCAAACAGUACGAGGAACUUUAGUGCAAACCAAAAUAGUCCACCGAGUAUUGAAUGUAAUGUUGCGGUGACGAGAACGGGUAGUAGAGGAAGCGACGUCUACACAGCGCCGAAUUUACGUCAACAUUUAAGACAAAAUAGUGACUACGAUACUGGUAAUAAUCAUAAUAAGAAUAACGGCAGCAGCAGCAACAACAACAACAACAAUUACCAUCAUCAGCAACAUCGUCAUCAUUUUAAACAGCAUCACGGCUGUACAACGAGCCGUUAUAGUUCUACUGGUGGUGGUGUUGGUGUUGGUGGUGGUGGGAGUAGCUCUGCAGCCCUUCUUCACUUAUCAACAACGCGUCUCGAUCCCUUCUCAGCACCAACAACAACAGUAGGCUCAUCGCUGUUCGGUGAUAGCAUGACGGAGAUUGCUGUAGACGAUCUAAGGAAUACACAUGAACCUACUUCCGAACUACUCGAUUAUUGUAAACGCAAAUUUUUGCGUCCAUUUAUCAUAGUAUUGUCACUUGUCGGCGUGAAUCCUAUACCAACGGAUACAUCAAAGAUACUCUGUUGCUUAAACUAUGCACAAGCUUUGCUGGUUUUGUUAAUCUUACUAUUUGGAUAUUUUCUACAAUAUGUAUGCUCAUAUCGCGGCGAUCGCGGUUUCAUAGCACACGAUCAGGAUUUAAUCACUGAUCCAAAUUCAAAUGCCACAUACACAGUGGGCCAAUUGUUGUUUGGUCAUAUUUUUCCCAAUGCACUUAAUUUAUCCAGCUUCAUAUCAGCUGUAAUUGUUUUCAAAAUUCUCGAUCAAGAGCAAUUACAGAACUUGAUCGAGCGUGUAUUUCUAACCACCUUAGUGCCGCGUCGCUUGUGCAAAAUCCUAUGGCUAUAUCUUUUGUGCGGAGUCGUUUUGUUGGCGCUGCUUUUCGCUUAUACAAUUCCUUCGGUGCUUUUGCAGUCGCGCAUCAUACAAGUCAAGUGGUUCACUGGUAUAUUAGCCGACUGGGAAUUGGCUACGAAGAUCGUGCUGAUUGUGACGCUUUUUAUUCAAGAUUUAGUUGAAGUAAUAAUUCUUUCCAACUACUGCAUACAGUGCUAUUUGCUGCGUAUACACAUUUCUUCGCUGUCGCAUAAGCUUUUGAUGCAUUCCAUUGAAACUGUUGAUUGGAUGCGGGAGGUGCUAGAAUUUCACAAGCUAUUAGAGCACCUCAAUCGUCAUGCCGCCGUACCCGUAUGUUUCUUGACGAUCAUGAAUUUGGCGUACGCAUUCGCUGGCUUGAUAUACAUUUUCAACGAUCUAGAUUUUCAUUACUCUGCAUUAGAAAUUGUAAUUUUAAACAUUUUUAAUGUACUACUCUGGCUUUUGCUUGGCGUCAUACCGUUCGUGUUGGCUGCUUCGUUGACGCAGGCGUGCCAAAAGGCCCAGUCCAACGGUCAUCAUAUCAGAGCUCGCCCGUUUGUGUAUCACAGCACGUCCUCUGAGGAUUUGAACUCAACUUUACUGUUUUCAUCGUCUUUACAAAUGUCUGCUAAAAUUUUCAAAAUGCCUAUUCAACCAAACUAUCUGUGUUGUGCUCUAUUAUCCAUAUCGAUUCUAGUUUUAACUCUCGGCAUGUGCCUCAAUCCAUCUGUCAUUGGUAUUUUUUAGAAAAAUAUUUUUCCAAAAAAAAAAUUUGCAAAUA